UUGAGAAAAGUCAAAGGAUGCCAAGGUCUUUCCUUGUGAAAAAGAAACGUGGGGCAUGUGGAGCAUGGCAGUGGAAAGAGCCAGAACAUCUUGAAAGGAAAGAAGAUAAUAUAGUCGUGAGUGAAAAUUGUAAGGAGCAUGAGACCCAGCAGCCCGCCACUGUGCAUCAGCCAGUAGCCUCCUUAGGAUGUGGGACAGCAGUGAGAAUGAGAGUGCCAGGACCCUUAGCAGUAUCAGGAGGACCAGGGGCUGACACCAGGCCAGACUGGUCUACACUAAUGCUCCGGGGCCCCUUCUACCAUCCCAGUACACUGGCACUAGUCAACAGAGCAAAGCCACGACCCCGCACUUCCCCCGGCUCCGGCGACUUUGUGUGCUCCGUGUGCCACAAGAUAUUCCCUCUGCAGCGCAUGUUGACUCGCCACCUGAAGUGCCACAGCCUGGUGAAGAGGCAUCCCUGUCGAUUCUGUGGCAAAGGAUUCAACGAUACCUUCGACCUCAAGAGGCAUAUGCGAACGCACACAGGUAUCCGUCCCUACAAGUGCGAGCUGUGUGAGAAAGCCUUCACACAGCGUUGCUCUCUGGAGUCCCACAUGAGGAAGAUUCACGGCGUCCAGCAGCAGUAUGCGUACCGUCAGAGACGUUCCAAGAUCUUUGUGUGUGAGGAUUGUGGUUACACCUCAAGCCGCCCUGACGAGUACUUCCUCCACGUGAGACAGUGCCACCCAGGCAGUCCCGCCCUCCGCAGGUACUACCGCCGCCAGGCCCACGAGAACAGCAGCUUUGCCUCAGCAGACCGUAAACUCAACCCUUAUUUGCUGUACUCCUCGCCUGCAUACUACAUGCAGGGCUCAUUCUAA